GCCGCUCACGACGUCGCUGGGUGAAAAGUUCAGAUAAAGGCCAAGAAAGCAAAAAUAAUUCACAAAACUCAGAACUCAGAAAAUCCCAAACAAGAAACUCCAGUGAAUGUGCAUUUUUUUAGUGAAGUGUUAAAAAAAAAGUAUAAAAUAUAUAUAUCAAAAUAUAUAGAAAAUACGACAGAGGGCAAGAAAUUGUUACCCAAAACCCUAUGAAAGACUCGAUGAGCAUUCUCACCCAAACGCCCAGCGAGCCAAACGCAGCGCAUACCCAGCUGCACCAUCUGAAUACGCUGCAGCACCACCACCACUACGGCCUGCAGCCACCGCCGGUGGUUGGCAUACAUAGUACCACCACCAUGUCCUCCGGCGGCAGCACCACCACGGCAUCGGGCCUAAAGCCCAAUCGAUCCCGUUUCAUGAUCAACGACAUUCUGGCGGGCAGUGCAGCGGCCGCUUUUUACAAGCAACAGCAGCAGCAGCAGCACCAUCAGCAGCAGUUGCACCACCACAGCAACAACAACAACAACAAUUCGGGAUCCAGCGGUGGCAGCAGUCCCGCUCACAACAACAACAACAACAAUAAUAAUAGCGAAAACUUUGAGACACCAAGUGGCGGUGUUGGCGGUGCCUUGCCACCUGCCCUGCACCUUCCACAACCACAUCCACAUUCACAUCCGCAUACGCAUCCACAUCCGCAUACGCUUAUGCAUCCGCAUGGCAAACUGGGGCAUUUUCCACCCACCGCCGGCGGCAAUGGGUUAAAUGUGGCCCAAUAUGCGGCGGCCAUGCAACAGCAUUAUGCCGCAGCUGCUGCUGCGGCUGCUGCACGUAAUAAUGCUGCUGCCGCGGCGGCUGCUGCGGCCGCUGCUGCAGCUGCAGCAGUUGCUACACCAACCGGCGAUGUUGGGAUCGGGAUUGGAUUGGCGCCACCAUCGGGCGGCGAUUUGGACGACAGCAGCGAUUACCAUGAGGAGAACGAGGACUGCGACAGCGAUGAGGCGGGCGGCGGAGGAGGCAGCGGCCACAUGGACGAUCACAGCGUUUGUAGCAAUGGCGGUAAGGAUGAUGACGGAAAUAGUGUCAAGAGUGGUUCGACUAGCGACAUGAGCGGUCUCAGCAAGAAGCAAAGGAAGGCACGUACCGCUUUCACGGAUCACCAAUUGCAAACACUAGAGAAGUCCUUCGAGCGACAGAAGUACCUCAGCGUCCAAGAGCGCCAGGAAUUGGCCCACAAGCUGGAUCUAAGCGAUUGCCAGGUGAAAACCUGGUACCAAAACCGAAGAACCAAAUGGAAGCGACAAACUGCUGUGGGUUUGGAACUCCUAGCCGAGGCCGGCAACUUUGCUGCCUUCCAGCGACUGUACGGCGGAUCACCCUACCUAGGCGCCUGGCCAUAUGCGGCUGCUGCCGGAGCCGGUGCUGCCCAUGGUGCCACUCCCCAUACGAGCAUCGAUAUUUAUUACCGCCAAGCCGCCGCCGCUGCGGCCAUGCAGAAACCACUGCCCUACAACCUGUACGCCGGUGUACCAUCCGUUGGCGUUGGCGUGGGCGUGGGUCCUGCCCCAUUCUCCCAUUUAUCCGCCUCCAGUUCACUGUCCUCUCUAAGUAGUUACUAUCAGAGUGCAGCGGCCGCUGCAGCUGCUGCAAAUCCGGGUGGACCCCACUCCGUGCCACCGCCAGCACCGCCUUCGGUGGGCGGUGGAUCCCCGCCUAGCGGUCUCGUCAAACCGAUUCCGGCCCAUUCCGCCCCCGCCUCUGCCUCACCGCCACCAAGGCCGCCAUCGACGCCGAGUCCAACGUUGAAUCCGGGCAGUCCGCCAGGACGUUCCGUUGACAGUUGUUCUCAGUCGGACGAGGAGGAUCAGAUUCAAGUGUGAGCAGUACAGGAGGAGAAGUCUGGGGAUUGAGUGUGUGUGUGUAUGUGUCUAUCAUUGGGUUAUCGGCUCGAAAACGUGAUUUUUCAAGGGGAUUUUUUUUGUAUUUAAUAUUUAUUAUAUAUUUAGGUAGCUACAUAUCAUAAUUUAUGUUUGUUUUUUAAUGUUUUUUCGAUUAGAAAACAAAAUUAAAAGCUUCCUUAGAAGUAAUAUACUUUUAUGGCAUUUAAGUUUGUUGAAAAGAAUCACAAAUUGCAUUAAUCUUACACCAUAUCAUCCUCUUGCUGGUUCAAACUUAAGUACAAAACUGUUUUGUUUUUAAAUUCAAAUUAAUAAUUAAAUAUUUUAAAGCAUUUAUGAGUUAAGAACAACAAGCAAUUUUCUAAGUUAACUCAACAAAAAGUGGCACAAAAAUGUUCAGUAUUGAAAAAGAAAAGCAGAAAAAUCCCUUAAAAAUCACGAUUUUUAAGACCAAGCUAAAACCCAUUUUGUACGUGUGUGUGUGUGCCUGUGUAUAUAUCCAUAUCUCUGUGUGUGUGCGUGUGCUUGCUUAAUUUAUUUGAUUUGCUUUUAGUAACUUAUUCAAAAUGUUUUUUAACACUUUUUUUUUCUAAACAUACGAUAAAGGAAUAAACCUAAACAAAUAUUUAUUUAAAUGUUGUAAAAACUAGCAGCCAAAAAAAGCAAAAGAAUUUUGUAUAGUUAAGACUAACCACGAAAUGUAUUAUCGGAUAAAACUAUAUAUAUAUAGACGAAUAUAUAUAUUAUUUUUUUUUGGUAGCCUAGAACCAUAAACGUUGUAACUGUAAAAUGUAAAA